AAGGGAGCAGGCACAGAUGUUAAAUGAUUAUUUGGCUUCUGUGUUCUUUCCAAAGAGGGUGGGGAAGUUCCACCUGGAGGGCUAGAUGUGACUGGGGUAAUGAGGGCACAGAUUGGAGACACCUCACUAGGCGUUGAGUAUUUCCUCAGGACCCUGGAUGCUACAAAGAAACCGGGCCAGGAUGGAGUACACCCAAAGGUACCUUAAGAAUGGGCAGGGGUGAUCUCAUGUCCAUUGGCCUACAUUUUUGAGGCCUUGUGGAAAACUGGAGAAGUUCAGGAGGGUUGGAUGGUGGCAUCAGUGGUUCCAAUUUUCAAAAAGGGUAACAGAGGGCAUACAGGGAAUUAUAGGCUAGUUAACCUUAUGCCCAUUUUGGGAAAGAUGAUCGAAAGGUUCAUAAUAGGGAAAGCUCUAAAAACCCUAGAUAGGGAUGGGAGGUUGUCAUUCAUGCAGCAUGCUUUCCAUAAAGACAGGUCCUGCCAGACAAACUUGUGGAAUUCUAUGACAAGGUUUCAAGGUAGCUAGAUGUAGGGAAUGCAGUAGAUAUGAUUUGCCUGGAUUUCAGCAAGGCCUUUGACAAAGUGCUGCAUGAUAUCCUGGUCAAGAAAUUGUUGAGCUUUAGGAUAGAUCAAUGUCCUAUGGAUUAGGACAUGGUUGAUGGACUGCAGGCAGAGGGUAACUAUCAGUGGGGAAUCAUCAGGAUAGUGGAUGGUGAUGAGUGGAGUUCCCCAGGGAUCAGUUCUGGGACUGAAUUCUGUUCCACCCUUUUAUGAGUUACCUGAAAGAGGAGAUAACUAGUCUGCUGACUAAAUUUGCAGAUUAUACAAAGUGGGGGUUUUGGCCACAACUGAUCAGCAGGUGACUCAGAUCCAGAAGGAUCCAGAAGGAUCUGGCUAGGUUGUGGAAGUGGGCGGGGGACAACAGAAGAGCAUUCAAUGUGGAUAAGUGCAAGGUCUUGCAUGGGGGACACAGGAACAGGUUUCACAGGUACAGGAUUGGGGACAAGUGGCUGGAGUACAGCCCUUGUGAAAGGGAUCUUGGGAUACUUGUCCACAGCUGGUUGAACAAGAGCCUACAGUGUGAUGCAGUGGUUAUGAAAGCAAAUGCUACCUUUGGUUUAGCCAGAAGCAUGGCUUCCAGAUCUAGAGAGGUGUUGUUAUCGCUCUACAUGACUCUGGUGCACCUACAACUGGAAUACUGCAUCCAAUUCUGCUCCACAUUAUAAGAGAGACAUAGGUAGGUUAGAAUUGGUUCAGCACAGGGUCACAAGAAUGGUAACUGUUUUGAGAGGGAUGAUAUAUAAGGAGAGAUUGAGAGAGCUGGGUAUUUGGCAUUAAAAUGAUCAAAGGAUGAGUGGCCUUGAAAGGAAAUUCCAGUGAGACCUCUUGUCUUUUUGGUUUCUUUCUCAUCGCUUUCAAGCAGGUCAAACCAUUCUUGUUACCUCCAAUUCAUUAAUCAAAGUUGAAUUUCUGGCCUCCUGAUACGCUUUGUCUGCAUGAUUUCCUUGAAUGACUUUGUCAACUUGCAUGGUUUUCAGUACCACAUAUGUGCUAAGACCUAGCUAAUCCUUUGGCGAGAUCUCUUCCUCCUCCAUUUAAUUCCAUAUUUUUGCCUUCCUCCCUGACACAAUUGGCACAGUUUUGGCCUGCCACUCUUCUAUCACGGACCUUAAUGUGAUCUAGCUAAGUUUUUUUUAUGGUUUUUCAUGUGUCUUUCAUUCAGGCCUGACCUGGCCUUUCAUUCAGGCCAGACCUGAACUUCCCUACCUUCAGCUGUAGCUGUAUCAUGUACUCCAAAAACAACUACUAGGAUGUCCUAUCUCAAAUCCAGUAUGUAGAACUUUUCCUCCCAAGCCUGCCCACAUUUUCCAUCUGCCUAAAAUGUAUCAACAGACUAAGUUGUGACCUUGCUCAGCCUAGGCACAAAGUUUUGGCUCCAUCUUUGAUUUUUCCUUCUCCUUCGUUCCUUACAUCGAACCAGUUGCCUGUUUGUGUCACAUCUUCUUUUAUAGCCCUGUCUAUUCCUCUCUGUCCCUUGGCUAAAAUUGUAUCAUUUCCUGCUUUGGUUAUUGCAAUCAUUUUCUGCCUGACUUUCUCCUAUCAUACCUGACUUCUCAUCUGCAUCCAAAGCUCUGCUGCCAAAUACUUUUACCUUGUCUUAAACCAUCUCCUCCUCAGAUCACUCCAUGGGCAUCCCACCUAUUCUAUAUCCAGCACAAACUCGACUUUACUCCUUAAAAGCUUUCUAGGACCUUUACCUCAUAGCUUUGUUUCACCUUAUGCCUCUGCCCUUUGCUACUGCAGUUCUAACUCUUUAAGCUGAUCAAAUAAACCCUUCUUCCUUAAACUGCCCAUUCUUUCUUACAGAUCCCCAUGUGUAACAUUCCUUUUUCCAGUGUGGUGCCAACUUGCUUAUUUGGUCUCUUCAUAUCUUUCCUUGAAGCUACCUUUCUUAUGUGGCCUUUUGCUUAUCAGGCAUCCUGCAAUGUUUGCCUUGUGGUGGUAUUAGGCCAAAUUUGGGUAUACCAUAAUCCUACCCACUCAGAAGAAAGGGUUUGAGUCUUGUCUGACAUUUCGAACUUUAGGCUUGGCCCAACUGCAAGUGUAAGUCCCUAGGUUUUUUUUUUCUAAAACCAGAAUUUGAACAUUAAAAAUUUCCCUACAUGUGUUAAAACGCUUGAGAGAGGCUUUAUCAGCAAAAAGAAAUAGGAUUUGUUGCUGGCCCCAAAUGUAAGGUCAUAUAGCAUUCCACCUCUGGUUCCCAUGAGUUGAGUAUAGAUGUCUGAGACAAGAAACCUUAUGUAUGCAGUCCUGGAACUUUGAAUAUUCCUGUAAAGGGCAAUAAAUGUAUCUGUAACCAGCUCAGACAUGUGGUUAUUAAGGAGAGUCUAAGAGCUGUGUAACAUUUGGUGUAGACCUAUCAAUGCAGCCUGCCCUUUUUAAUUAUAUGGACCCACUUCAGGUAAUAGAUGCAUGAAGAGGGCUGAAAUUCAACUGCUUCUUAAAUGCUUCUGAGGUGCAAAUGGGGCAAGCAAAAGCCCACAUAUUCCUCCCAGGCAGAGGAGAAGGGUGGAGGUUCUCAUCUUGCACUGACUUCAGAUGCAGCAAGAAAGUCAAGCAUCUCUGUCUCUGAAGGUGUGUGUAUUCCUUCUCUAAUCUAUGGAGAAGGAAAUGAAAGUGAAUGUAAUGCAACAUAAAAGCCCAGCUAGAGCAGAUCAGAGGUCUCUCUGUUCCAUCAUCCUGCUUCACACAGUAGCUAACCAGAUGACAACUACAAGAGCAGGAGCUCCACAAACACAGCAGAGUUGGCUUGCUAUAUUUUUAAUGAUCUAAAGUAUUAUGUUAGUAUCGGAAGGGAAGGCAGGGUUAUAGAGUCUAGGCCAGAGACUCUUACAGAACUGCACCACUGAGUUCCUCCAUAUAUACUUUUUCUACAUGAUCAAUUUACAUACUGAUAACAUUCCCACCACAUUGCUUUUUUAGUGAAUUGAAAAUUCCCAAACAACUUUUCUUCAAGCAUAAGAUGUUCAAUUCGGCCGAUCUUUGACAUAACCUGUGUAGACCUGUGAUCCCCCCUGCCUAUCAUUUUACUGUGAGGCAACUAAAAUAGAACAUGGAAUUGUUCCUGAUUCUGCAGUCUAACAUAAAAGAUACCAGUGGUGAUUGUAUUUGAUUGCCCUUUUAAUUAUCAUUCCAACUGUAGUUAAGCAUUUGUCCACAUCUCCCUCUUAGAUGUUUCUUUCCUUUCCUUGUGUUAUCCCCAUUGCCCAUUAUAAUUUAUAAGGCAGGACCUGCCUAUCUAAUCCUGAAAGGUACAAUGCACUGUAUGCCUAUGAUACUGUGUAGUACCAAGGACUGCUUGGUUUUCUCCCCUUUGUUGUAGUUUGCUUCCAUUUGCUUUCUCUUUCAUGCAAACAGAUAACUGCCUUGUGGGACAUGAUUUCAGGCAGAGUCCAACAACUCCUGGAUUAUAUAUCCUUGCCUAAAUUUGGCUGGUACACAGCACAAUGGAAUUAAUCUAAACUGCCCAGAACACAUAUUGUGAAUGGAGCUGACCAACUAUGUUGAUUUCUGAACCUUAAAAAUUAGUAAUAUAAUAGGCACACAUUUCUGAAUGCCUCCUGUACCGAUCUGUGCACUUAGUAAAUUUUGACAUGUACACAGACCUAAAAGCUAGAGCUAUUUUAAUUCACUCUCUCAAGCUCCCACAGGUAUCUGUAGCUCAAAGAGAAACUGCCUGGCUUGUGUGUGUGUGUAUAGAUUUGUGUCAGGUUACAGGCACCUGAGGAACCUGCUUGCAACACUGUACAAAUGGCAGCUCGUUUUCCCCUAUCAGCUGAGAAACCUCUACCAUCCUCCCAAUUUCAUUGGCCUAACAGAAAUUUUUGUGCCCUCCUCUUUCAAAGCAUUAUCACGUGGCUCUCCCUUAGCAACAAGGGGAGAUGUCUUGGUACAGUAAGCUGGAGCAAGGCUGGGAUUUGCCAGCUGAUUCCUUGAGAGAGCCUAGCCAAGGCAGAGAGCAGUCAGUCUUUAACAUGAGUGCUCUUUUCUAAAAGCACCCAGUUUUUAACAUCAAAGGCUGUACCUUUUUUGCCUUUGCAUCAACCAAAAAUAAAAGCCAUUCUGCAAAGAUGAGCCAUCCUUUCACUGGAGUCCUUGCAAACUACAACAGCCUAAAAGACAAGCACCUUGCAGGCUAUUUCAGUAAUACCAGGAUAAGACGUCACCUUCAGAAAUCAGGGCUGAUCUCAAGAAGUGGAAGAAUAAUCUCAGAGAAAGAAUACCGAUUAAAUGCCAUGAGGAAGGAUAAUCAGAAAUAUAUUCGAGAAUGUUUGGCGCAGGCCAUAUUCCACAAGGUCCUCGACAUGGAACAUCAUCACCAGGCUGAGAUAAAACGAAAACUUGAAAACUCUGCCAGGAGAGAACGUGUUCACAGAAUCAAGGUGGAACGAAGAAGGGUAACUGAAGAGUCUAAUCACCUGCUUUCUCCCCACCCACCCAAUGUACCAAGAAAUCACUUUGGGCGCCACAAAUUAGCCAACAGAGGGCACUCAAAUCAUUUGGUUUCCUAUCCUCGACCAAGCACUGCACCAGGAAACAUACAGCAUCCCAUCCGACUGCAGCCACUUUACAGCAAUGCCACAACAGAAUCUGCACCCAAGGCUGCUUUGAGUUCCAGAUCCAAGUUCCUCACCCUUGAAAAAGAGCAUCACUUGGCCAGUGGGGGAGACAAAGGGGUGUUAAACCCUAUGCGUUCAAUGGAUUAUUCAACUGGAAUAUCCCCAUACCGACUUCCCAUCAUUAACAAUUAUGUGACACCUAUUCCACCCUUGCUGCCACCCAAAAGUGAGAACAUCAACGCAAUGAAAGGUGUGACAUUGAGAGGACGACGGUUUCGCCCAACCACAGCUCCUAAUGGUUUGGAUCAAUUUUUAAUGAGGGACACGGGAAAGUUCUACAAGCCUCAAGUACAAAGCAAUGCAUAUAUUACCAUGGUCUAUUUGGGAAAAACUGUGCACCUGUCCUAUGACCUUUUAGAUUACCGGGAGGAAAUAAAAAUAUAUCAACAACACUGCGGAGGAGAAAAUGUGUGUGUUUACAGAGGCAAACUCCUGGAGGGAGAAACUUUUCAGUUUAUCUCCAAGAGGCAUUAUGGCUUUCCCUUCAGCCUCACGUUUUAUCUCAAUGGGAUACAAGUGGACCGGUUAAGUUCUUGCUGUGAAUAUAAGCAUCGAAAGGGCACUCGGCUGGGUGGCAAGCAUGGAUAUUUUGGUUUCAUCAAUGUAGAAAGAUCAUCACCCUGCUAUAGGUGUAUCAUUGCAAUGGGUCUGGACAGAAAGCCUUCUCCUCCUAAGAAAAAGGUGACUGAUGAUGAAACAAAGAAAGAGGACUCCUGGAAUGAAGACCUGAAAUACGAGCUAAGAGAAAGCAGUGGCAGUAGUGGAGAGGAAAAGAACGUUACAACAUCACUGUUUUCCCCCAUGGCCAAAGAACAGAAAGAAUCUGUGAAAGAAAUUGAAUGGGAGACAAGGAAAGGAGCAAUACAAAAAGCCAGUGAUGACAGUGAUGCAUAUGAAUCGAGCCAGAAGAGAUUAACUACUGAUGCAUAUGAUGAAGAUUUUGAAACAGAUAAUGAAAAAUCAGAUGGGAAAGUUAAUGAAGAAGGACAGGCUGAUGAUCAAAUGAAUGCAAUGUCAAAGUCACCCAAGGAUGAUGAAAAACAUAAUUUAGACCAUGAAAGAGAAAAUACAGAGUCAUCACGGAAAGCUUUGCAGGCCUCUGAAAGUGAACAAGAUGAAAGUGAUGGAUAUGGAGAGAGUGACUUGGAGGAGGAGGAUAAACAAGACAGGAAGCAUACGUCUUCCCUCUCAUCCCGAACCACUACACUGUACAGCAGUGAAAAUGAUUCUGAGUGUGAAACCGAAAAGCAAGAGGAUGAACACAACACUGAUAUACAAUCAGAAUAUGAAAAUGAAACUACAACAUCCCAAAGAGAGGGAGAUCAAGAAACUGAUGUGGAGGAAGAAGAAACAAUGGGGAAAGUGGAAACCACAACAACCAAAUGUCUACCAAGUGCCUUUUUUGACAAUGAAGUGGAGUCCAACCUGAAAGAUAUGAGCCCUGUUAAUGAGAAACCUAAGUCUGUAGGGUCAGUAGACAGAAAUACAAGGGAAGACGGGGAGGAGAAUGAGUUAGUGAAUUUCAAAAGCAGCACCAUAGAAUUAGAACCCAGAAGCAAGGAGUUUUCCAAAGAUGUGGAGGAAGGUGAUUCCAAAUCGGUUAAAGAGAAAAUAGCUGAAGUCAUUGGAAAUGAACAACUUUUGGGUUCUGAACCUGAGGCUAGUGAUUCCAGUACAGAGGAUGAAGUUGAAGUUGUAGCUUCUGCUCAAGAUAAGCACACAGUGCCAGAUGGAGUGUCCUUGACAAGAGAAGUUCAAAUGCUUGAAUCACAGAAGGUUACAGAGCAAGUAGAACAAGAAGACCAGAUGGUGGGCAAAGGAGGAGCACCUGAGGAAGAGAAGCUUAUAGAAGAGGAAGUUCCCAAAGAAGCAGCUUGGGAAGAAGAAUUACUAGCUCCACAUGAAAAAAUGGAGCAGCCAGUGAAGAAUGAGCUGGUAUUAGAUGAUUUGGAAUUGAAGAAAGAAGUAGUGGUAGAAUCAGAUCUGAAUGAUGUAGAGAAACAAGUAAUGUAUGAAGAAGGAGAGUCAUUAGAGGACAAGGUAAAAACAGAGCAAGAACUCAAAGAACCAAAGGAAACAUUAGAAUACAGGACUUUUAAUGGACAUGAGAUAUCAGAAGAAUGGCAGUUACAGUGGGAGGAAGUGGACGACCAGCAUAUCAUCGAGGAAUUCAUGGCUUUCAAGGAAGAAAAAAGUGCAGAAGUAACUGAGACAUCUGAAGUUCUGGGAACUAUGGAAAUAAUAGGACAGAAGACCAUGGUAGUGGAAGCCAAUGAAGCAAAGGAGGUCAUGGAAGAAGCACCUCAGAAAGAUGAAGCUCUGGAAGUAAGAUCUGUAAAAGAAGACACAUUUGGGGACGCACAAAAACAUAUGGAAGAGGAUGAACAUGAGGGAAGGGCAACUUUGAAAGAUAUCAGAUAUGAUGUAGAAGUCAUAGAAAAGGAUAGCAGCAUGGAAGACAGAGGUAUGGAGGAAAAAUUUUUGAAGGUAGAAAGGAAGGAAGAAGGAAACUAUGUAAAAAUGGAAGUGGGGAAUGCCCCCCUUGAGGGCUUAGAACUUAAAUUCAUGGAUGAAGGAAAAUUUGUAAAACUGGAAGUGGGGAAAGCUCCUCUUGUAGACCCAGAACUUAAAGCACAAGAUGUAGAAGUGAAAGAGUUAAUCACCAUUGAUGAAAAAGGAACUGUUUCUGAAGAAAAGUCAACAGGCAAUGGCAAUGAACUCACAGAAGUUCCAUCUGAUGUGGAGGAAGUAGUCCAGGAAGUUCCAUGCACAUGGAAUGAGCAGUUAGAAAAAACCUUUCCAGAAGUAAGUGAGAUGAAAAAUGCAUGUAUAGAAGAUGACUCUAUGCUAGAGGAACAAGAAUCUUGGUUGGAAGCACCCUUGCAAGUCUAUGAAACAGGAAGGCUCCUUUCAGCAACAGAAGAAGAAACUAUGUACAACCAGAGAACAAGAGGAAUAAUUGAGAAGGAAGAGCAGUCUGCAGGCAAAGCAAAUUCUGGGGGAGAAACAGCACACAUAAACAUGGUGGUGACUGAAGAGGAAGAGAAUCUGGUGCAAGCAGUGGAAGGGGAAUCCACAGAGAACCCUGAACAGGGACGGAGUGACGAUAUGGGCAUAUCCAAAAUGGCAGAUCUUAAAAAUAAAUGGGGAAUUGGGAAACAAGAGCUUUUAGCUCAAAUUGUCCCAGAAACUAUAGCAUCAGUGACAGAAGAAACCACAUGGCAAACAAAGGCAGAAAGAAAGGUAGCAGUUGAAGGUGAAGCAGAAGUUGAAGAGGCUGAAAGAGAGGUGGAAAUUGAAACAGAAAGGGAGAAUGAAGAGGAAAAAGAGGAGGUAGAGAUGAUAUCUGUGAUCACAGGACAUGAGGGAGACACUGUCUCUGAGAUGACUAUCAUGAGAAGUCAACAUGUAGUCACCAUAAGAAAAGAGAAGACAGCAGAGGCAAAACACAUCCCUGAGGUAGCACUUGGAAGAAAAACACUCAACAAAGAGGAGAUACAGGAGAAUGAGGCAAACUUCCAAGAUAAAGAAGAACAAACAGAAGAAACAUCAAUUUUCUUAGUGCAAAAUGAAGAGAUAACUGUUCAAGAGGAGAAUGAGGAGACAGAAGAUGAAGAAUCAGAUGGAGAAGAACACUUGAUGAGCGAAGAAAUAAUAACUCUGGCAGAUGUAAAGGAAGCUCUGUUAAUAGGGAUACAGCAGUUGAUAACAGAAGUAUCACAGAUGAAGAGAGAGGAGGAAGAAAAGGAAGAAGAACCUCAAAUGGAAGGGGUAUCAGAGAAAAGAGCACCUCAGGAUGAUGCUGUGAAUGAAGAUAUUAUUGCAGUUAUGGUAGCAAAAGAAAGGUGGGAUACUCAAAGUGACAAAGCUGAGGAAGGAGAGAUAGGAGAUUAUGUGGGAGAAAAUCCUUUGGAAGGAAAAUGUGAAAAUGAAAACAGAACAACAACAGUGGAAUGCCCAACAGAUAGUGUGACAGUGACAAGAACCUUUCUAAAGAGUGGGAAAUGGUCUGAAAGAUAUCAGCACCAAGAACCCGUUGACUCAUCAGACUGAGAACACAGGGACUAGGUUGAAGAAUGCACCAGGGUUGGACAUUCCCAGUGUGCCAUCAUUGCAGUCUCAAGAUAUGGCAGAAACCAAGACCUGCUAAAGAUUUUUCUUCAGUUCUUUCAGGGCAUGCUGUUUCUUUUUUUCCAUUAUUUGUAUUGUGAUCAUUUAGUGAUCUUUUAACAAAUCACUCUAGACUGGAGCUGGCUGCCCUCUUCUUUGGUUUUCCUUCAACCAAGAUCUGUCAUUUUGCAUUAGAACAGCUCCAGCCAAAUGAAAUAAACUUAUCUAGCCUA